CCUCGGACUUUGCCUUGGGGAAUGAGGUAAAACCUAGAAAACACCAAAUACAUAUUCAAGAUGGCGCUUUUACUAAGGAGUCUUGGCAGAAAAGGACUUCUAGGACACAACAGAUUGGUGAUAACAAAAUGCAUACAGCCAUCAUCAUCACAAGCCUACGAUGAAAUGAAGGAUUUCUGGCAAAAAAACAAAAAGCUCAACCGACCAAUGUCUCCUCAUUUAUCGAUCUAUAGUCCACAGCUGACCUCUAUGUUGUCACUUGGUCACAGAGCCACAGGCAUAGCCAUGGCUGUUGCUAUUCCAGUAGUAGCGGCUGGCAUGAUGGUUGCACCUGGAGAUUUCACCUCUUACCUAAAUGCUGUUCAUCUGGGUCCAGCAAGUGUGAUUGCCUGUAAAUACAUAGUGGCAUUUCCCUUCACUUACCACUACAUCAAUGGUGUUCGUCAUCUGGCGUGGGACUGGGCUAAAGGAUUCAGCCUAAAGGACACCUACAACAGUGGAUACUUCGUAGUGGCUCUCGCACUCAUUGUCACAGCCUGUCUUGUCCACCUGGUGUGACUUUCAAUGAUCUUGGCGGUGCUUGAGUCAAACUUUGUAAGACAUUUUCACCAAUUAAUGACAGAAAAAUACAUUAAUUUGUAUUGUGCUAUCAGUAUAUUAUGCUGAAAAACCUCUACUGAAAGGAUGUUAUAUUGAUACUUUGUGACUUUCAAAGAAAAUCACUGCAGUUUUUUUUUAUCUCAUUCACCCCUGAAAUUUCAUAAUAAACUAUUCCAACCUUUGAAUUGGAAGAGUUCAAAUGUGUCUUCAGGGGUGAAUGAGUUAAAGAAGAAAGAAGUUUAUUCAGAAUCCAUGGAUUCUGAUAGAUUUUUGAAAAUAUUAAAUUUCGAUAGGAAAAAUGCCAAAAACAAAAAGCAUUUUUGAAUUUUUGGAGAUAUGGUUAAAAUUUGACAUCACAUUUAAAGUUCGGAACACAGAAAGUUUAUGCAGACUUAUGGGUUUUUAACGUUGAGGUUAUGGAUGUAAAAGUCCAUACACAUGUAUAACUAGUAUGAUUCUUGUUCUCCUGACUUUGUUGAUGCCAUACUAUAUAUAUCCAAUCUUAUAACCUUUUCGAUUAUUAUAUGUUUAAUAUAUGCUUUUCAUCUGUGCUUGUUGAUGCAGAGAGCAUGUUGCUGUCUGAUUUUUAUAUUUAAUACAAAAGAAGUAUGGUCCAAGUACGAACAUCUUGACCGAUUGAUCUGGUAUAAUGGAGCUCUACUUCUUUUUAGUAUUGAAAUAAAGACAUAAAAAACAAC